UCAACACUGAAUAUUCUCAUGUGAGAUAUCCACGGGAGACAAUCUCUCCCCAUCGAAAUCGUAUUCAAUGAUUAAAUUUUUCGAUACGUUGUUUUUUGAUGUUUUUUUAAUUAAAAAAAUAAUAGAAUUUAUGGUCCUAUCCAAGUUCCCAGCUGAAAAAAAGUUCGAAUCGAACUUGAUCCGAAUUUUGAGCUGAAUCAAUUCAUAUCGAGUCGAGCUCAGACGAGUUCGACUUGACUCGACUCAUUUCCGGCCCUAAGCAAGAGCUUGAUUAAAAUACUUUGUUUGUUAGUAUGAUUUUUCUCCUUGUUUUUUGUAUUUUCAGUUUUGAAGGAUGAACUCCAUUGUGUCCUCAGCGAUCAUCUCCACUCACUCUAACCCCAAACUCGUUUUCUUCUCCAAACCCAAAAUCAAAACCAAAUCUUACUCUCUCAAUUACUCCUACCACCUUCCUAAGCUCAGAGUUUCAGCCAUCAAGGAUCAGAAUCCAGAGUCAAAGAUUCCUAAUGUUGCAGAUGAAGUAACAGAGCAUCCAUUGGAUGAAAAUGGUGGUGGAGGAUUUGACCUUGGGUGGUUGCCUGCUUUUCCCCACGUUCUGGUUGCUUCUAUGUCUAAUUUCACUUUUGGUUAUCAUAUUGGGGUCAUGAAUGGUCCUAUUAUUUCCAUUGCUCGGGAACUUGGUUUUGAGGGAAACUCAUUCAUUGAGGGACUUGUUGUUAGUAUAUUUAUUGCUGGCGCAUUUAUUGGGAGCCUAAGCACCGGUUCUUUGGUAGACAAACUUGGUUGUCGACUCACAUUUCAGAUUGAUACAAUACCCUUGAUUCUUGGGGCGAUAAUAAGUGCAAAUGCCCACUCCUUGGAUGAGAUACUUUGGGGAAGAUUUCUUGUUGGUCUUGGUAUAGGUGUGAAUGUUGUUCUUGUUCCGAUAUAUAUAUCUGAGGUUGCUCCAACAAAAUAUAGGGGUGCCCUAGGGUCCUUAUGUCAAAUUGGUACUUGUCUCGGUAUUAUUGCGUCACUAUCUCUUGGAAUUCCUUCUGAGACAGAUCCACAUUGGUGGAGGACGAUGUUGUAUAUUGCAAGCGUCCCUAGUUUUAUUGUUGGUCUGGGUAUGCAAUUUGCUGUUGAUAGCCCACGCUGGCUUUGCAAGUCUGGGAGAAUAAAUGAUGCUAAAAAAGUAGUACGGGAGCUUUGGGGAGCAUCUGAAGUCGAGGGUGCAAUUGAAGAGUUUCAAUCUGUCAGCAAGAAUGAUGGUAGUGACUUGGACAGCAGAUGGUCAGAGAUCUUGGAGCAGCCACAUUCUAGAGUUGCCUUCAUUGGAGGCGCGCUUUUCGUAUUUCAGCAGUUCGCAGGCAUAAAUGGAGUUCUUUAUUUUUCAUCAUUGACCUUUCAAAAUGUUGGAGUUCAAAGCAGUGCUUUAGCCAGCUUGUUUGUUGGGCUUACAAACUUUGCAGGUGCGCUUUGUGCUUUACACUUAAUCGAUAGGGAAGGGAGGCAGAAACUAAUUAUAGGAAGCUACUUAGGAAUGGCAAUUUCAAUGUUUCUUGUGGUCUAUGCCGUCACCUUUCCAUUGGAUGAGCAACUCAGCAACAACUUAUCAAUAUUAGGAACUAUCAUGUAUAUAUUCUCUUUUGCAAUUGGUGCUGGCCCUGUAACUGGCAUAAUUGUACCAGAGCUUAGCAGCACAAGGACACGAGGGAAGAUCAUGGGGUUCAGUUUCUCUACCCAUUGGGUUUGCAACUUUGUGGUGGGAUUGUUCUUCCUUGAGUUGGUCGAGAAAUUUGGAGUUGCACCAGUAUAUGCUAGCUUUGGAUCUGUUUCCCUGUUAGCCGCAGCAUUUGCCCGCUACUUCUUGGUAGAAACCAAGGGUCGCUCUCUAGAAGAGGUUGAACGAUCCUUAAAUCCGAAAGCUUGAGCCACUGUUGAAUAUUAUUACGAUAUUCCAGUUCAUGUAUUGCAUAUAGAACAGAUUUGUUAAUUUUAUGGUUAGUUAAGCAUCAAUAAGAGCAUAACCAAUCAAAAGAUCAGGGUAAAGGAGACUCCUUUCAGGUUGGGAUCCUGAGCAAUGCAAUAAGCUAAAAAAACAGCAUGAAUCUGCAUCUCUGCAACCUUUACCGUUUCUUCUAUUCAAUGUAUAAUGUGAUUUUGAUUCUUGAAUAAUGUCCCUACCAUAUGUAAAUUAUGUCUAGUAUUUUUAUUUUGUGUAAAAACUACUACUAUUGUUGAUUUAUGUUAGAAUGUUUUUUUGAA